GGUGGCGUGCUCAACCUCCGCCGGCUCGACCUGCAGGGAUGGCGUCGCUGGGCGGAGAAGCGCUACGACAAGGUGUUCGGCAUCUUCGACAGCGUAAUCAACAGCCGCUUGGCCGACGCCUCGACCGGAAAGCACGCCGACGCCGGCGCCGGCGACUUCCUGGACUCCCUCCUCGACCUCAUGUCCGCAGGCAAGAUCGCUCGCGACGACGUGACAAGCAUAAUGUUCGACUUGUUCGGCGCCGGGACCGACACGAUCGCCAUCACGGUGGAGUGGGCGAUGGCGGAGCUGCUCCGCAACCCGAGCGUAAUGACCAAGGCGCGCGCCGAGAUGAACCACGCCCUCGCCGGCAAGAAAACCAUCGAGGAGAACGACGUGGAGAAGCUGCCGUACCUCCAGGCCGUGCUGAGGGAGGCGAUGCGCCUGCACCCGGCGGCGCCGAUCCUCGUGCCGCACCGGGCGGAGGAGGACGGCGCGGAGAUCGGGGGCUACGCCGUGCCCAAGGGCUCGACGGUGAUCUUCAACGUGUGGGCGAUCAUGCGUGACCCGGCGGCGUGGGAGAGGCCCGAGGAGUUCAUGCCAGAGAGGUUCAUGGACAUGGCGGAGGAGGUGGAUUUCAGGGGAAAAGACUACAAGUUCAUCCCGUUUUGGGCCGGAAGGAGGCUGUGCCCGGGGUUGCUGAUGGCAGAGCGCGUCGUGCCAUUCAUUUUGGCGUCGCUGCUUCACUCGUUCGAGUGGAGGCUCCCUGGCGGUAUGACAGCCGAGUCUUUGGAUCUUAGCGAGAAGUUUACUACUGUCAAUGUUCUUGUUACUCCACUCAAGGCCAUCCCUAUACUUGCCUCUAAAAAUGAAAAUAUUAGGGAAUGA